GUUCAAUCCUGCUUGAAACUCAUGGUCCCUCUAUUAAAUGAACAAUACGUGUCUUCGACUCUACAGGCACAAAUACUUCGAGGGUUAUUGAAGUGCACGGAUGAAACAAAGGUGGUUGAGAUCCUCAUAGGAUGGUGUGAUCGAACUCAUAGUUGUGAUUCGUUAUAUAAAACUUAUAUUUUACCAAAGCUACAAGUCAAAAGGUUGCCUAACAGGAUAUUGCAUUUACUUCAAGCAAUUGUCCGCAAGGUUUCAACGUACGAAGCGUGUAUUUUAAUUCAACAGGUUGCAGAUAACGAAUUGCAAAAUGAGGCGCGGAAACGAAAAAAGAAAUUGGAUGAAGUAACAGAUAACGGGAGUGAUUUCAGGAAUGAAAUUCUCGGUGACGAUGCUCAUUUCAUGGUGCUAGACGACAAUAUGCAGGAUCAAGAUGAUGGUGAAUUAAUAAUUGAGCAAUUGACUGAUUGUCUUCAGAUAAUAUCCAAGGCUGCCCUUUAUCACAUGGCUUUGAAUUCAAAUGAGGAGGCCAAUCAAGAUUGUUAUUCAAUAUUUUCAUUUCGAUAUCCUACAUUUUGUCGACUGUUUCCAGCGAUUACAGCCAUUUUGGCGUCUCGGAAGUUGCGAGCCAAACAGCUGCAGCAAUUGCGAGAUCCAUUUGGAGAAAGUUUACUUGCCAUUUGGGCCAACCUUUUGUGUCAUCAAAACAAUAUGUCGGAUUCGCCCGAAGAAACGGAAGAUGCAGACCAAACUUCAAUGCCAAUGAUUCAUGAAAGAUGGUCCGACGUAAACGAAAUAAGAAGAACGCCGGGUAUCGGUGAUAUUUGGUGUGGACUUGCAAACGACGAAGAGGAUUCUCGCCUGAAAAAGGCGCGACAAAUUUUAAAAAUGAAGAGCUGCGGGGCUACGGGAUCCGAGUCGGACUGUUUGGAUAGUUGUGUCAUUCCUUCCGAUCAGUUGGUGAUUCUACUGGUGUAUCAUGUAAAUGCGAUCGCCAUUGUUGAAAAGCUUUUAGAAUUAGGACGUCAUGGAUCUGAAAAUACCAGUUAUGACUAUUGUCAAAAGGUCAUGCCGCUAUUAGGUGAUCUAUUUGAGAUGACUACGUUUAACGUGGGAAAGCAGGCCGUGAUAUCAACGCUUGUACAUCUGGACGCUCUUCCAACCAUUGUUUCUUAUUUGAAUCUUAGUCUUCCACAAAAUGACAUGUCUUCUGAUGCGAAUGCUAUCUUAAGUGCAAUCGGUAGAAUAUCGCUUGAAUUAUUGGAAGCAGUGGUCAAAUUUUUCCCAUCAUUUCCUUAUCUACUGAAACCCAAUAUGCGUGAAUUGUUACCUCCGCUUAUUUCUCAGGAAGGUCAUUUGCGCAUUCUAUGGGAUCCAAUUGCUGCCUUCCAUGAAUCCGGUGACGUUCAAGGAGUAAUUGAUAUCGUCAAGCAUCAGAAAUAUUAUCCAGAAUGCUUACGAGAUCACAGCAUUGUCAACCAGAUUCUGGUCGCGCUAAGAUUGCUUUUGUGUUAUACGUAUUCGGAAGGUGGAAUGUUGCAGAUAUUGAAAGCCCGAAUGGAUGAUUAUAGUGGUCUUGAUAAUGGUGACAGCUUGUUCGUGUUUCUCUUGAGACUACUUAAUCAUGCCGCCGAGGUGCUUUCGGACAUGAGUGAUUUUGUCGUUUAUGCGGACCAUCAAAUCUCUUCGGAUUCCUCACUUUCGUCAACAACCGCAGAUGACAAUAACUACAUCGCACAAGAAGAAUCGAGGAAUCAAGAGGCAACAAAAUUUUUCGGAAACUCAAUGGAAAGUAAUAGAAAUGAUCCUCCCCUCAAUCCGACGUUCAUACCAUCCGGAGUUUUCCUAUCGUCUGAGAUCUCCGAACAUCGAAAAGAAUUGCUUGAUCUGGUGUGGUAUAACCUGAUAUUGAUACGAAGGUUUCUUAAAGUCGUUUACGGUGAUCCAAAUAGUAGAGUCGCAAAACGUCAUUUCAAAAAUAUUUAUGAUGAAAAUGAGCGUCCCGAUGAUCCACUUCCAUCUCAGAAGAAAUCUAUGACGCAGUCCUGCAUUGAAUCAUGGUUGAUGCUCGUUUCCGCUUUAGAUCAUUUGGAUGGAAGGUUGAGUGAUCAGCUUGGAGCUGUUGCGCUGCUUGGAACUGAUCAUCCAUUGAAAAGUGGUCAGUCGGCACAAAUCGCAAGGGUUCGUGGAUUACUAUUGAAUAUGUUUGGCUUAUUGACCCAAGUGAUCAUCGAGGAAAAAAACCCUGCGCGAAGUGAGCUUUUAUAUCGCGCGCGGCUUUUCUCGGAUUUUGCCGGGAGACAUGUGGUAAAACACUUGAUCGAUUUUAUAUUUGAUGGUCCCAAUAACUUCUUGAGCGGAUUGCAUAUUCUUAGUGAGAUAUUACCCACACCCUUGGUUAUGGGAAACCAACCGCAUGGAUCCAAUGAACAGAAAGGUGAUGAAUAUUUUGAUAAUUACGAAUCCCCGGCUGGCAUAAGUGACCCUCAUCCGGAGGCUCAAAUAUUGCGCGAAUAUUGGGUCAACCAAUUGAUCCCAUUGAGAGAUGAUUUAAUGCAUCUUAUCAAAAGUCUUGCGCCUUCGAGCUCUAAAGUCAUACAUAUAAUGCUACGAACAUUAAUAUGCCAAAUAGUUGACCUCGAUGUACACGAUCGAGGAAUCGGUAAGGGGGUCGUGAAAACCGUCAUUAAUGGAGUCUACGAAGCGCUUGUAGAAUUUCAACACACUCCAGAAAAGGUUGACGACAAAAAGUUGAAUAUCAAUAACAACGAGGUCGAAGGAAAUGUGGAGACGAUUGAUGAUGAGAAUUCGGUCGAAUUCGACAUCAAAUUAUCAUUAUUUGGUCGAUGGUUAAGUCUUUUGAUAUCAUUAGGAAGCAACUCGCUGGGUAGGACUCUUUUACUAGACGCCUUUUCCGGGGCAAAUGAUACGAUCAUAAUGACCGAUAAUAAAAAGAUAUCCGACACUUGCCACGAUUUUAUUCACACGUUGUUAAGCUUGAUUAAUUCCAACAAUAACUUGGGUUUUAUUUAUGACUUAAUAAUGGAGCUCCUUUUUUCAAUCUGCAAUUACACUAUAACUGUCUCCGGAUCGAAUAUGCCUGAAAUGGAUAAUCUUAAACUCAUUAUAGAGACUUUGUUGGAUU